GGCACAAUUCAAAAUUGAGUUUCCAGCAGACAAGAUGCAACUGCUGCCAAUACUUGUGCUCCUGGCGCUGGUCAUCUGUGCCGCCUGCAAGAACCACGAGGAAUGGGGAGGACAUCAACCAAGUGAUUACGAUCCCAGGCCAUAUUCAAGGCAGUUCUAAAACAAUGGAGAGCUCUACCAAAUCCCGAAUUAUUUUUAUAAGCAAUAAACAAUGUCUACGAGUCAAUACUGAAAAA